CUCACCAACUCAAUAGCCAUAUUUAUCUGGAGGCUUCUCUCCAAUCGGGUGCCGGUUGACACAAAACUUCAAUGGCGGGAGAUUGAGCUAGCCUCUAAGUGCCAAUGCUGCCCAAUUCGACCGAACAUUGAGUCCCUCCAGCACCUCUUCAUUCAGGGAUUCGGAGCCCGUAGAGUAUGGAGAGAAUUUGAUGAAUGGUUUGAAGGUACAUCCCCCCGCCUUUCAAUCAAUGACACAAUCCCAACGAGAAUUGAAGUUUGGAUGCAAAGAUGCAAUCAGCCGAAUAGGAAGCACCUUAGCCGAGCCAUGCCCUACCUCAUCCUAUGGUUCAUCUGGUCGGAGAGGAAUAGGAGCCGACACCAAGAUACAAGAUUUAAACCCCACAAUGUAAUAUGGCAGGUCCACAUGUACAUCCGGAAUUCUAUGGUAAACGGGUGCCUGAAGCCGAAGCACUGGCGAGGAGUUAAACUUGGAAUUAACAUCCCUCAACAAGCGGAAGCCAUUCGGGCGUUGCCUCUCGCCAUGGCGAUCAAAUGGGAGCCACCGGACCCCCCUUGGAUUAAAGUGAAUACGGAUGGUUCCUUCAAUGAAGCGAUCAACAAAGCAGGAGGGGGAGGAGUCAUUCGCGAUUUCUCGGGAUGGGGACCGGCGCUAGCCCGGGAAGCCAUGGCGCAUCUGAUCCUUCUUAAGCGCCAACUUAAAUUCCGUGCCACCUUCAUUCACCGGGAGGGAAACAAGGCGGCGGAUUUCCUUGCGAGAAUGGGACUAGGGAGAGAUAGAGGCCAACAAAUGCAACAAGACUCGGUGCCGAGAGAGCUUGCGGACCUCGUCCGCAUGGAUCAAAUGGGCCUUUCACAUGUUCGUACCCUAGGAAGGGACGGGGACUAGAAUUGUUUUCACUUGCUUAUUGUAAUUUUGUCGGGAGUAUGAUGAGGUCCGACCCUUGUGGGAUCGGACCGCAUACUACUCUUGGUUUUUGUCUUGGCACACCACCUUCGGGUGUGGCCGCGCUCUGUAAUUACCUCAUUUUGAAAUAUAGGGAUGAGGG